AUAAAUAGAGAGUUGGUUAAAAGUAGGAAAUGAAAGUGAGGGAGAGAGAAUGGAGGAAGAGGCAGGGAUCUACCGUCUAGCGGAGGACAGCCUCCGGCAGAUAUUCUGCAGGCUGCCACUGAGGGAAAUAAUGAUAUGCCGCUCAGUGUCAAAAUUCUUCCUGCAGCUGCUCUCAACACCUUCGUUCCUCCAGGUCCUCUCCAGCUCCCAUCCACCCCUCCAGCUCCUGGCCCUCCGCAACCGCCACCACACCCCUUCUCACACCUCUCUCCCCCUCUUCGACCCCGCCACCAAAUCAUGGCUCCACUUCCCCCUCGACUUCCUCCCCUUCCACUCCCCUCUCCCCGUCGCCUCCUCCCUCGGCCUCCUCUACCUCUGGGCCCACAACAACUCCAACUCCAACUCCAAGUCCCUCAUCUGUUGUAACCCUCUCACCCGCACUUUCCGCGUCCUCCCCCACCUCGGCUCCGCCUGGUCCCGCCACGGCUCUGUCCUCGUCGACUCCGAGGACCGCGUCAUGGUCCUCACGGAGCUCGCCGCCCUCUACUGCCACCGCAACACCUCCACCUGGCUCAAAUUCUCCUCCAACCUCCCCUCAAAACCCCGUUCAUCUCUUCUCAUCAACGACUCCGCCUUCGCCUUAUGUGAUGUCGGCUCCCCCUGGCGCAGCCAGUGGAAGCUCUUCUCUUGCACCAUCAAAUCCACAACUACUUCAGUCGUCCCUGUCUGGUCCCCCCUCGACCGCCACGAGUGGGGGGACGUCUUCGAUGUCCUCAAUCGGCCCCGCCUCGUCCGUGGCGGCCACGGCAAUUUCAUCCUCAUGGUCGGCGGCCUCAAGUCCUCCUUCGCCCUCAACGCCCCCUGCUCCACCAUCCUCGUCCUCCGCCUCGACCUCGACAACCUCCGCUGGGACGAGGCCGCCCGCAUGCCUCCUGAAAUGUUCCGCGCCUUCCGUGAGUCGACCAAGUUCAAGGUCUUCGGCGGCGCCGGCGACAUGGUCUGCUUCUCCGCCAAGAGGAUCGGGAAAUUGGCGCUCUGGGACCGCCGUGCCUCCGAGGGGCACGAGUGGAGGUGGAUCGAUAACCUCCCCGAGAACGGCAAAGGCCUCUACCGCGGGUUUGUGUUCGAAGGGAGGCUCAAUGCUGUCCCCUGACUGAGGAUUUAGGGUUUAAUGGCUUGCUGGGAAUUGGUAAUGCUGUGUUGGAUUAAUAUUGCUUGUGGUUUUUUUUUUAUUUUUAUUAUGAAAUGUGUUGCUGUAAUUGUAUUGUACCAUUAGUUUCUACACAAUGCAAUUUUUAACUGAUUUGUGGAAUCUUGCUUUGUUCUUUUGUUUUUUGUUGUUUCGUUACUAAAUCAUCGUAGAUUUUUGCUUUCAUUGACAUAUAUAAUGUAUUACUGGCAAUGAAAGUUGAAAGUUGGAACUAUGGGACAGAAUUGACACCUAGUCAAUCUAGUGAAACUACUUGUAAUUUGUAAAGACAAGUGUGGGGAUAAUAAAGGAAUGCUAUAAUUGAGUGAA